AUGUCAGAGGUCACAGGUCAGAGGUUAGACGUCAGAGGUCACAGGUUAGAGGUCACAGGUCAGAGGUCACAGGUCAGAGGUCACAGACUCAGGCCACAGACUCAGGUCACAGACUCAGGUCACAGACUAAGGUCACAGACUCAGGCCACAGACUCAGGCCACAGACUCAGGCCACAGACUCAGGCCACAGACUCAGGUCACAGACUCAGGCCACAGACUCGGGCCACAGACUCAGGUCACAGACUCAGGUCACAGACUCGGGCCACAGACUCGGGCCACAGACUUAGGUCACAGACUCAGGUCACAGACUCAGGCCACAGACUCAGGCCACAGACUGGCUACAGACUCAGGCCACAGACUCAGGCCACAGACUCAGGUCACAGACUCAGGUCACAGACUCAAGUCACAGACUCAGGCCACAGACUCAGGCCACAGACUCAGGUCACAGACUCAGGCCACAUACUAAGGUCACAGACUCAGGCCACAGACUCAGGCCACAGACUCAGGCCACAGACUCAGGUCACAGACUCAGGCCACAGACUCAGGCCACAGACUCAGGCCACAGACUCAGGUCACAGACUCAGGUCACAGACUCAGGCCACAGACUCAGGCCACAGACUCAGGUCACAGACUCAGGCCACAGACUCAGGGCACAGACUCAGGCCACAGACUCAGGUCACAGACUCAGGUCACAGACUCAGGCCACAGACUCAGGCCACAGACUCAGGUCACAGACUCAGGUCACAGACUCAGGCCACAGACUCAGGCCACAGAAUCAGGUCACAGACUCAGGCCACAGACUCAGGCCACAGACUGGCUACAGACUCAGGUCACAGACUCAGGCCACAGACUCAGGCCACAGACUCAGGCCACAGUCUCAGCCCACAGACUCAGGCCACAGACUCAGGUCACAGACUCAGGCCACAGACUCAGGCCACAGACUCAGGUCACAGACUCAGGCCACAGACUCAGGUCACAGACUCAGGCCACAGACUCAGGUCACAGACUCAGGCCACAGACUCAGGCCACAGACUCAGGUCACAGACUCAGGUCACAGACUCAGGCCACAGACUCAGGCCACAGACUCAGGCCACAGACUCAGGCCACAGACUCAGGCCACAGACUCAGGCCACAGACUGGCUACAGACUCAGGUCACAGACUCAGGUCACAGACUCAGGCCACAGACUCAGGCCACAGACUCAGGUCACAGACUCAGGUCACAGACUCAGGCCACAGACUCAGGCCACAGACUGGUUACAGACUCAGGUCACAGACUCAGGCCACAGACUCAGGCCACAGACUCAGGUCACAGACUCAGGUCACAGACUAAGGUCACAGACUCAGGCCACAGACUCAGGCCACAGACUCAGGCCACAGACUCAGGUCACAGACUCAGGCCACAGACUCGGGCCACAGACUCAGGUCACAGACUCAGGUCACAGACUCGGGCCACAGACUCGGGCCACAGACUUAGGUCACAGACUCAGGUCACAGACUCAGGCCACAGACUCAGGCCACAGACUGGCUACAGACUCAGGCCACAGACUCAGGCCACAGACUCAGGUCACAGACUCAGGUCACAGACUCAAGUCACAGACUCAGGCCACAGACUCAGGCCACAGACUCAGGUCACAGACUCAGGCCACAUACUAAGGUCACAGACUCAGGCCACAGACUCAGGCCACAGACUCAGGCCACAGACUCAGGUCACAGACUCAGGCCACAGACUCAGGUCACAGACUCAGGUCACAGACUCAGGUCACAGACUCAGGCCACAGACUCAGGUCACAGACUCAGGUCACAGACUCAGGCCACAGACUCAGGUCACAGACUCAGGUCACAGACUCAGGCCACAGACUAUUUCUAUACACAUAUAA